CAUACUUCAUUCAUCAUCUCACCCUCAGGUUCUAUCAACUUACUUCGCCUCGUUCCCCAGUCCACAACUAUCUUCCGUCCACGGUACUGAUACAAAAACUACCCCUCCUCGUCUUCUAUCUACCAAGCAGUCACUGCUUCCCCUACUUGUUCAUAAUGCCUUCUAUUGCUGGCAAACUAGUUAACAAGGUUCUUAAGGACCAUAUAAGUAAACAAGCACCGGAGGAUCCACUUUACACAGUAACAGUGAAUUCAAAAGGCAAAUCAAAGAGGCAGGUUAGGCCUCUCCCAGAAGGGCUAUCCAAGCGCGACAGAAAAGCGUUAAAGAAAAUAAGAAAACGUGCUCAUUAUCUGGACAAAGGCAUGAAUAUAUGUGGUUUCAGGGUGGGCUGGACUUUCUUCAUCGGCAUCAUACCUGGAUUGGGUGAUGCGGUCGAUGCUGGCCUUAACUACUGUCUCGUUGUCAAGCCUGCCAAAAAGCUUGAUAUACCUGAUAGUCUAGUACACAAGAUGUUGUUCAAUAACGCCAUUUCUGCGGGUCUUGGACUGGUCCCCAUAGCCGGAGACAUAUUCCUAGCUGCCUGGAAAGCCAACUCAAGAAACGCGGCACUUUUGGAAGCCUAUUUGACCAUCAGGGGACAAGAAUACAUUGCGGCAUUACGGCGAGAACCCGGUGUAAUUGAUCCAGCAGAGGCUAUCGCGCACGGUGUGCCACCGGAAGAUCUGAGAGAUCAAUUCGGACCAGGAGCGGGAAUGGAUCAUCCAGUAGAGGAUGAGGAGAGUAACCGAGGCUUUUUUGGUGGGAGGAAAAGCAAAAAAGAAGUAACCAAGAAGUAACAGCCCCUCGUAACCUUGGCACCGCCUUCUUAUCAUUUAUUCCGCACUUGAUACACGAUUUAUAUGCCAUAUCGUUACGUUUAUGUAACGUUUUGCUACA